AUAAACAUAUAGUAUAUUUGAAAAUUAUUAACCUAUAUAAAUUAGCAAUUUAAUCUAUUUAUAUAAUUUCUUGAAAAAUACCUAUUCUCAAUGCUAAGAUAUACGAUGAAAAAACCCUUUCACUUAUACACUGUGUUUUACAUUAAAUACAAGUAUACGAAAGGCUUGGACGUUGAAUUUGACUACGAUAAACGUUUAUAACAACUUUAUAUGUAAGUACCUAUUACGACGCAUGAUUUUCUUACACACACACACACACACACAUACACAAAUACACGUAUGUAUGUACGUAUAGAUAGGUAUGUGUAUAUUUAUGUUGUGUAUAUAUAUAUAUAUAUAUAUGUGUGUAUGUGUGUAUAAAAUGUUGACCUAUAUAAAUUCUUGAAAGAGCUCAGGCUUCUUAUUUCAAUAUUGGUUUGUAAGUAAUCUGUAUUCUUUUUAUCGAAAAAAAUAAAAACAUUGAGACACAUAAACACAUAAACACAUACACACACACACACUCGUCUUUAUCGAGUCUUAUCUACUCAUCAAAAUAAACGACUUCUCAGCCGGAAAUACUGACAAGCGUUCAUAUUAUAGCAGUGGGAGGAAAAUCGUUCAUUCGUACUCGCUACUUGACCAAUUGCCAGGCUUGAUCAGUCCAUUAAUGAAGCAUUAAUGAGAGACCACUUGGACUUCUCUCGAUCUCAUCCAUUACGAUGUAUAGACCGUGUAACCGGAUUCCUCGUAAAGAUAAAAAUGAUAGAAAGGAAAAAAAAGAAAGAGAAAGAGAGAAAGAAAAAGAGAGAGAGAGAGAGGGAGAGAGAGAGAGACAGAGAGAGAGGGACCGAAAAGAAAAAAAAAAAUACGGAUUCCCAUUGCCACCCGUUGCGCGAGCUCAUCCGCAAUUUGUUUUCUAUGCGUAUGAUACUUGUUCCGAGGUAUCUCCUUGGAUGCACCCUCGUCGAACGUCAAAAGCAGAGCGAGAGAGAUGGUGGACGAACUAACGAAGUAAAAGGAAAAAAUAGUUCUGUGAACCGCGUCGUAUCCUCUGCCAAUCGUCGGCUGCAUGUCAAUGAGUCGCGACCGACGAAAGGGAAGAGAAAGAAGAAAGCGAGAAGAGAGAAAGGAAGAAGAGUACGCAUUUGUUUCUGUUCCUUGCAAAGCAAGAAACCGUGAGAAAAGGAAUUUCUUAAGAGAAUUUGUCGCACGUUCGAAGAACUCCCACCUACGAACAUCAGGACACGUCUUAUCUACAUUCGUAAUGCUAUUUUCUUUCUCUCUUUUAUUCUCUCUCUCUCUCUCUCUCUCUCUUUUACUCUCUCUCUCUCUCCCUCUCUCUCUUUCUCUUUCUCUUUCUCUUUCUCUCUGUUUUAUUCUCUCUUUCUCUUUCUCUUUCUCUAUCUCUGUCUUUUUCAUUGUGUUUUAUGUUCGUGGAAAGGUGUAUAGUACUUCGACGUAUGCAGAAUCUUAUAAAAGAUGUCGUCGAAUGCAACUCACGCUGUCUACUGCAAUUUGGAUAAUGCAUGGCGCGCGUUCCUACCUUGCGCCGACUUAUCAUUAUGGAAAACUCGCUCGCGAAACGAACGUGUGAAAUUAAGAGAGCUGUAUACCGAUCGUCGAUAAACAUACAUACAUAUGUAUCUACUUAAAUACAAAGGUCAGAUAUCAAAAAGACCUUUACUAUCUGAAGAACCGUUAAUGAAAUAAAUAGAGACAUCGCGCCAAGUGUUGGUUUAUUGAACGUUACGAUGUAAAUAAACGCGUUUCACUGCAUCUGUUAUAUGUAUUCUGUCCUUUGAAAGCGUCGUCUUUCAUAUAUAACUCGAAUUUAAAGAUUCAAAAGAUAGAAAGCUUAUUCGCCAUUCGUCCCUUUUCGUUAAUAAUUCGUAAUAAGAGAAGAACACGGCUAUGUCGUUAUCCAAUCAGAGACGAAUAUGUAGGGGGAAAAAAGGAGACACGUAGCGCCCCCGAGCGUACGUUUCACCAAUAAGCAUAUCCCCCGCCAAGCGGAAAAUGAAAAGAGAGAGAGAGAAAAGGAAAGAGAGAGGGAAAGACAGAGGGAGAAAGAGUGAGAAAGAGAGAGAGAGAGAAAGAUUGAAACGAAAAGAGAAACAGAGAAAGCUGAAAGGUACUCGUGGGUGACUAACGAGAAAAGCAUAGAUGGCGCGGGGGAGAAGGAAUAAAGGAAGGCUGUUCGUAGUGAAAGAGAGAGAGAGAGAGAGAGAAAGAGAGAAGAGAGAGAGAUGGAGAAAAAGAGUCGCGUCGCCGAGGGAAAACGUCAUCAAAAUCGCUCCGACGUCAUCAUAUCGUUGUCGUUCUCGCAGAAGGGGACGCCUCAUAGUAGGCAACCCGAUCGGCAGUCUCGAACGAAGUGUCACGAAAACGGGCGACGCUCUUUUUUCCCCAAUCUGUUCCUUUUAUUUUCUUUAUAUACAUAUAUAUAUAUAUGUAUUUUCUUUAUAUACUAUAUAUAUACAUAUAUAUAUAUAUAAUUAUAUAUAUAUAUAUUAUAUAUAUUUCUUCCUAUUUGUCUCUCUUUUUCUCUAUCUUUCUAUCUCUCUCUCUCUCUCUCUCUCUCUCUUUCUCUCUCUCUCUCUCCCCCUCUCUUUUUCUGCGCUCUUCGUUUUUCUCAAGCGCGCGAUCGCGAAAAAAGGUAUUACAAUAGGAAGUGGAGACGCACGAGAGGACGGGUGGCCGUCGGAAGAGAAGCGCAUCGAUCCGCGACUGCACGAACUGCAUGAACGGGCAAUGUUGCAAUGUGUGCGGAAAAACGUUACCAACGAUAAUAACGGACGAUAGUGAGUCGAAAUAGAACACGCGAGUGUACUCGUUUUAUUCUUUGGUAGUUGUUAUUGAAAAAGCGCAGCACUUUCUAAAUGGGUCAAGUCGAGCCGGCGACACCACGAUAUGCAAGAAGCAUUGCCACCGCGAAUCACUGCCUGGCCUAGUUUCUUCUUCCUCCACCACCAUCGAUACAACCACCACCACUAUCGCUACCACCACCAUCAUCACCACCUCCACCACCACCACCACCACCACCACCACCAUCACCACCACCACUACCACUACAACUAUCUUCAACCUCAACUCUACCACCUCCUUCACCUCGUUCUCGAGGGCAAACGAAUAAAGGGUGAGUGGGAUAACGGUGGCAUUUCACGCGGCUACCGACGCCGGUGACUCGAUUUACAAAGUCUCUUCCAUCUUCUUAUUAACGUCGUUUAAUUGUAAUAAUCGUCAUAGUUAUUGUGUCGCCAUGGAUAAUGACCGUUCUCCUCCGUGAUUUGUGCCUUUCGGUUAACCUGAGUGCAUCGAUCAACGACUACUACUCGUAGCCGAAUACAGCCGAAUAAUAAACCGAACCGAGGUUAUCAUUGACUAGCUGAGAGAGAGAAAGAGAGAGAGAGAGAGAGAGAGAGGAAGAGAGAGAGAGAAAGAAAGAGAGAGAAAGAAAGAGAGAGAGAGAGAAAGAGAUAGAGAGGGUCACCUUUACAACUAUUUCUCGUAAAACUGACCUUCUUGGCCUUCAUCCGUUCUCGUCUACUCUAUGAAACAACGGCCGACGUCUUCCUUUUCAAAAAUUACGAACGCUAUAUGUAUGUAUCCAUAUAUAUGUAUCUAUAUUUCAUGUAUGUAUGUCUCUACGCGCGCACAUGAUGUGCACGCAUACCUUCGUUAUUUACAACGAUACGGAUCGAGAACACCGUUGCAUCCAGUUAACCGAUAUUUAUCUCUUACAUACUCAAUUAAACGAAUUAAUAUUAAAUUAAAUUAACAUGUCCCAAUGGAUUGUGAUCGAUAACGUCGUAAAGUUUUCUGUAUACGUUAAACAUGGCUACGAACAAACCACCGGAGAUGAAUUACACGUGCGAGAUCUGUGGAUCGGAAGGUCUCAACGACGAAGAAAUGAGAUCUCACAUGGUUCUUUAUCAUCUACAAGGAGCUGCCAAUUGUCCAUUCUGUGAUCUCGACGAAAUCUCACCGGCGGAAAUGUUAGUUCACGUGAAUAGCGCUCAUUUGGAUUACUUAACACCAAGUACUCCAGAAAACGAUAUGCUGGCCUUUAUCGAUGAUGACUCUACAAUGGAGGAUCAUAGACAUGACGAAUGCCGUGGUCCUUCUCCGUCUAUGUCUCUUAGGCCACCGUAUCUUCAAAAUGGUUGGGCUGGCUCUCACAGUUCUCGUAUGCAGCAACAACAAUUACAGCAACAACAGAAUUCUAAAACCCGUAAACUAGAUGCACCAGCUGCCAGUCCCAAUGUAAACAAUAACAAUAACAACAACGACAACAGCAAUGCUAAUAGCGUAUUGGAAGGUUCGGCAGGCCAUGGAUCUCCAUUGCGCUCUGGCCUAAAUCUUCAAUUACGCUCACAUGCUUCUCCUAAAUUAGCUGUUCAGGAAUGUCCAAUGUGUCCAUAUAGUUCAGACAGUCCAUUAAGACUGGAAGAACAUAUCAAUCGACAACAUUUUGAUCUCACUUCUCCAUCUUUUCCACCUUCGUCACCUCCAACUAAAGAUGGAGUCUUCAACUGCCCUUUAUGUGUAACAUCGUUUCCUAAUUCCUCUGAUCUUGAAUUACAUGUUAAUAUUGAACACAAAGAUAUACUCAGUCCUGCAAAUGGAACAGCAUUACAAUCUGAUCUGGCUACUAUUGGUAGUGAUACACCUCCCUGUCCAGUUUGUCUCAGUACAUCGUUUAAAAAUAAUGACGACCUAACGUUACACAUCGAAGAACAUUUUAACAAAAAAAAUACUCCAUCUCCCAUAACACCAGAUCUUUCAACAGAUAGAAUGUUGGCAAAAGAUAUGGAAAGGCGAGAAAAAGAAGUUAGAAAAUUACGUGAACAACGUGAAUUUGAAAUGUUGCGAGCACAAUAUGGAAUGGACAAUCAGGGUAAUUUCAGAGAGCAAAGUGUAACUAAUAUGCAACGUGCCGUCCUUGCGGGCGAAAUGACGGUAGCAGAUUUUUAUGAAAGACAAACAGGGUUAACGGUUGCUGAAAGCAGUGGUAUCGAUGAUAGCAGUUCUUGUACACGUGGGCUGGUUCCCAAGAUAAGAGCUGUUAGUCAAACAUGCAGUAAUGUAGUAAAUACAUGGAUGUGUUCUACAGUGGAUCAUUAUGCUUCUACUUACGGAGACAAAGGCUGGGGCUGUGGUUAUAGGAAUAUGCAAAUGUUGAUUUCAUCUCUUUUACAGCAUACUGGAUACAAUGAGUUAGUGUACAAAGCUUGGAGUUCUGGCCUUGAUAGUGGAAGUACCACUGACAAUCCUUUGCGUAGUUCUAUGCCCUCCAUAUCUAGGCUCCAGAAAAUGAUAGAAUGGGCUUGGGCUCAAGGUUUUGAUAUUCAAGGUGCUGAGCAACUUGGUGGAAAACUUAUGAACACUAGGAAAUGGAUUGGUGCUACGGAAGUCGUAACUUUGUUAUCCAGUUUAAGAAUAAAAUGUCAGCUAGUAGACUUCCAUAGACCCACCAGUGUUGAUGGAGGACAUCCUGAAAUGUUUAAUUGGGUGUUACAAUAUUUCCAGAGAUAUGACGAUUUUAAACCACCACUUUAUUUGCAACAUCAAGGCCAUAGCAGAACAAUAAUGGGUGUAGAACGAUUAAGAGAUGGUUCUAUAACUAUGUUAGUAUUAGAUCCAAGUCAUAGUCCAUCACAAAUGGCACAAUUUAAUAGUACGAGCAGUGCACCUGGUGCAAUGCGACUUGUACGUAAAUCAACUGCUGCGAUGAAAGCUAGACAGUAUCAAGUAGUUGCUGUAACUGGAAUUAUGGAUACAGAAGAACAGUACCAACAAAGUAAAGUAUUACGUUCCAUGCGUGUUCCACAAGAUAGGUGAGAGUUGCUGGUCCAAAUGAAAGCACAACCAUGCCCGAAGAUAAUAGACUGCCUCAAACCGUUCUUGUCCAGCAUCCUUGAAAUUACGUGACCGCAAUGCUUUAGGUUUAUCACUAGUAUACUUGCCUCCAUUAUAGUAGCAGCAAAAUGAUUAUGUAAUAAUAUAUUCUUGCAUUUCUAGCAUGAAUAACGAACUGGCUCCUUGACACAUUAUGUGUUUUAUGCGUGCGUCGCGAUAAAAAAAUUUCAGAAUUAAGAUUAUAUCAAAAUUUUGGUACAAUUCGCUUAUUAAAUUUUUCAAGCACAAAAAAUUAUAAUUCUUUACGGAAUUACGGUGUUCCAUGUAAAUUAUAUUCUGAUAAAAUUAUUACUACUUCUGGAAGCACCUUUAUUAUCAUGUACGAGUAAAAGGAUAUAUGAAAAUUUACUGAUAAAACUAUUAAAAGAUGAUUAUAAUUCCAUUGCCAUUCCUUAUUCAACAUGUUCUACUAAAUUUUCGUCGUACUUAAACUGGCUGUGUUAACUUCGAUCCGGCCAAUCCUCCUAUGGCGAUCGAUUAUACCAAUUAAAAAAGCGUCCUGGCAGAGCUUGGAAAACAAAACUCUUUCGUAGCUGUGAUGCGAUUAUUUAAUGCUGAUCGUUCGUCUAUCAUAAACAUUUUUAGAGAUGCUCCAAUAUCGAUGUCAAUGCAGUAUUGUCUUACUCUCUGUCUCUUUGUGUAUGAUAUACCUUUGUAUCAAAAUGCUGUCAAUUUUCACUCGAUAUUGAAUGCCAGUAGAUGUAUAUAUAUAUAUAUAUAUAUAUAUAUAUAUAUAUAUAUAUAUAUAUAUAUAUAUAUAUGUAUGUAUGUAUAUAUACAUACAUACAUACAUACAUAACCACAUACACACAUAAACAGUAUAGUAAAAUUUUAUAUGACAAACAAAAUUAUUCUUGGACGUAUAUUGAUUAAUAGCUUCUGUAUAAUUGGGAGCAUCUAAAGAAAUGUUUCUGUCCAUAUACCUGUACCCUAUAUAUUUACACACAAAGACACACUUGCACAUUUUACAUCACAUUUCACUCACUCACAUAUAAAGUACAACUACUUUCAUACUAAUUACAAAUAUUCUAUUUAAUUAUUCAAUUAACUUAAGACUAACCGUGCCCUAGCUCAUAAGUCCAAUGCAAUGCUGUGAAUGAGAAAAAAACGAAACUACAGUCCAUUUACUUGUUAUUUAUAUUAUAUACUUAAUCGUUACGUGAAUUAGCAAAUUCUUAUUAUUACUCUUAUCAUAUUUCAGAAAUUAUACUGAGAUACUAUUAAGGUCUAUUUAUUAUAGUUAAAAUUCUUGCGGAGACCAUUAAACAAAGUGACAAUUUAUCACAAUGAAAGUGUUACUCAUUGUUUUAUAGUUUCAAUAUUUAUGAUACACCAGUCAUAUGUAAAUUCGUCUUUCGGCUCAAUAGGACCACACGCAAUAAAUAUGACUGAUGGCAACCAAACAAGAAUAAUUAUUAUACAUAUGUAACAAAUUUUGCCAUGAAUCAAUUAAAGAUCUGUUCAUUAUUAUGGAAUGUUCAGGGAAAUUAAACUGUGGAAUUGUUAUGCAAGAGUAAAAACUUUCGCAUUAGCCACAUGUUAAAUUAAAAUAUAUGCUUUGUUAGAAUUCCCAACAGGAUCUUGCUUUUUAUUUCCAAGCUCUCAUAACAAUAUAUUUUAGAUUAUAAAAGAUAAAUUUAUGGGUUAUAUAUUCUACAAAAAUAUUAAAAUUGUAAUAUAGUUUUAUAAUAUUAUUUUAUUCCUAAAGUGGUCUCAAUGUUAAGUUUCUAAUUUAUAUUUAUUUAUACAUUUUUUUUGUAGCCAAAGCUUUAGAUUAAAUUAUUAACAUUAUUUUAAAAUUUCAACCAUGGCAAGAUACAGAUCACAAUAUAGUAAAUGAAUAUCAGUAUAGAAGGAGCUCUUUUUGUUAACGUAAUGAAUAAUUGUAUUAAGAAUAAUUUAUUAAUCACUUUUGGUAUAAGUAAAUAAAAAUUGGUUGUAUAAGAAGUAAA